AUGAAUACAAAUUAUAUUAUUUUUUUAUAUUUUAAAUUAACUUUAAAAAAUACAUUAGUAACUAUUUCUAAAUAUAAACAAUUAAAUUUUAAAUAUAUAUAUAUUAAAAAUAUAAAGAGUAUAUCUUGUGGUUGUUUGAAAAAUUUUAAAAAUAGGUUAAAAAGUACUAUAGUAGCAAAUAAUAUAUUAACUAUAAAUAUUAUAAAAUAUUUAAUUAAUAAAAAUUUAUAUAAUAUAAAUGUUAUUUUUAAUGGUAUUAAUUCUUAUAGAAUUCAUAUAUUAAAAUUAUUAUUAAAUAUUAAAUAUAAAAAUAAAAAAUUAAAUAUAAAUAAAUUAUUUGAUAUAACUUCUAUACCUUAUAAUGGAUGUAAAAUUUCUAAAAGAAAAUAUUAA